CAAAAUAAAACCCUAGCCCCCCGCCUAACGCCUCUUCCAUCUUCUCUCGCCCCCCCGUCCGCUUCUCCUCAACAGCAGCCGCCUCUGAUACCGUCCAUUCACCAUGGCUUCAGAGAAGAAGCUAUCGAAUCCAAUGCGAGAAAUCAAAGUCCAGAAACUCGUCCUCAACAUUUCCGUCGGCGAAAGCGGCGAUCGUCUCACCCGUGCCGCCAAGGUUUUGGAACAACUGAGCGGCCAAACUCCAGUCUUUUCCAAAGCGAGGUACACGGUGAGAUCGUUUGGAAUCAGGCGUAACGAGAAGAUUGCGUGCUAUGUGACUGUUAGGGGAGACAAGGCAAUGCAGCUUCUGGAGAGUGGGUUGAAGGUUAAGGAGUACGAGCUGUUGCGCCGCAACUUCAGUGAUACUGGCUGUUUUGGGUUCGGUAUUCAGGAGCACAUUGAUCUCGGUAUCAAGUACGACCCUUCAACUGGUAUUUAUGGGAUGGACUUCUAUGUGGUUCUAGAACGCCCAGGCUAUCGAGUGGGUCGCCGCCGAAGAUGCAAAGCCCGUGUUGGAAUCCAGCAUAGAGUUACAAAGGAGGAUGCAAUGAAGUGGUUCCAGGUCAAAUAUGAGGGAGUAAUCCUCAACAAAGCUCAAACAAUUGGAGGUUAGAGAGAUCCUCAACAUCAUCGGAAAAGCUUGUUCUUCUGUGUUUUCAAAAGGCUUAGUUAAUGUUUCCUGGUACUGAACUCUGAGAGUUGUCACUAUUUGUUUUUUACGGUGGAAGAAUGCUUAAAGAACCCUAUGUGGUGGUCCUAUCUAUUGUGUUUGAACUAUAGUUGCAUUUACUAAUGGGACUAGAAAACGCUAUCUUUUUAACUAUCAUUGUUGUCCCAAUGUUGUUUACCAUGUGUUGGACCAGUGGUUAUGAAAUUUUCUCCCAUUGGCACGUUAGUAUUUGUAUUGCUGGAGUAUGUGCCUUGAUGCCUAACACAG